GUGACGUCAUCGUGCCGCGCCGCGGAGUGACGUCAUCAGGCGGCCCGCACGGGGCGGGGCGAGGCCUGAGCGACGACGGAGCCGCCGCGGCCUCCGCGGUGUGAUGAGCCAUGGAGCCGGGCCGCCAGACGCUGCCGCUGGAGAACGCCUCCAUCCUGUCGGAGGGCGCGCUGCAGGACGGGCACCGCCUCUGGAUCGGUAACCUCGACCCCAAGAUCACCGAAUAUCACCUUCUCAAACUCCUUCAGAAGUUUGGCAAAGUAAAGCAAUUUGACUUUCUGUUCCACAAGUCUGGUGCUCUGGAGGGGCAGCCGAGGGGUUACUGUUUUGUGAACUUUGAAACCAAACAGGAAGCAGAGAAGGCGAUCCAGUGUCUCAAUGGGAAGCUGGCCCUUUCCAAGAAGCUGGUGGUGCGGUGGGCACAUGCACAGAUCAAGAGAUAUGAUCACAAUAAAAAUGAGAAGAUCCUUCCAAUCAGUCUGGAGCCAUCUUCCAGCACAGAGCCACCCCAGUCCAACCUAAGUGUUAGUGCGAAAAUCAAGGCCAUUGAAGCCAAGCUGAAGAUGAUGGCAGAAAACCCCGACGCAGAAUACGCUGCAGCGCCCGUCUAUUCCUACUUCAAACCCCCCGAUAAGAAAAGGACUACUCCUUAUUCCAGAGCUGCCUGGAAAUCCAGAAGAUGAUGCUCGUGAAUUGGAUGAUGGUAGCAAGAAACACUGCUUUGUACACCUGGAGCCCUCCCUCCAAUGCUUUUGUACUGUGUAGAGCGAGAAGGACGUGGUGCAGCGUUGGCGAGCCCCUCGGGUGCUCCGUUGCCGGCUCUGCCGCCGGCGCAGCUGAACGCUGUUCAGAGAAGUAGGUUCCCUUCAAAGCCUCUGAUGAACACGCAGACAACCUCUCGUUAGUGUGCAUUCAUUAGCAAGAUUAGAAACAGUAACCAGUGUGUGGAGUAAAGCACAUCCAAAAAUACUCCAUUUAACUGAUUACUUUUUAAAGUAUUUUUGAACAACAGGCGCUGGGCUUCGUGUUUCUGAUGGAGGGGAAGCACUUGGUUUUGAUUAACAUUCUGUAGUUACCAUGGAAAACUUUUUCAUCUCAAUAAAACUCAAUUUAAAUAGA